UAGCAUCUGAUUGCUUUGACAUUCAGAAAAUGUCUCUUGGUCAAAGAAAUGGUAUAUAUGGAAUCCGGUUGUGGAAAUCUAAAAUAUAUAAAGAAAUAUACUGCGAUUUAGAGACUGCAGGCGGCGGAUGGUCGGUGUUCCAAAGACGGUUUAAUGGUUCAGUGGACUUCUACCGGAAUCAUGUCAAUUACUCCGUUGGUUUUGGAGAUUUUAACGGCGAAUUUUGGCUAGGGCUUCAUUAUAUAUUUGAAUUAUCAUCACAAAACAUUACGGAAUUGCGAAUUGAUGUAGAAGCGGCAGAUGGUACCAAAGCAUUUGAAGUAUACAGGAACUUUAGUUUAGACGAAGACGAUUAUAGGCUCCACAUUGAUAGAGGAUAUGGCACUGCAGGAGAUGUAAAUGGUUUGUACUACAGUAUUGGCCGGCGUUUCUCGACCUUUGAUCACGAUGUCGAUGAUUAUGAUCCAAUCAACAACGCACAAAUGUGUCACGGAGGAUGGUGGUACUGGUAUAGUGCCUGCACACAAGUUAAUCUUAACGGCGAUUAUAUUACACCAGGAACAGUCCAUUCGAGUGAUUCAGGGUAUACAGGAAUAAUCUAUUAUUCUUUCGAAGGAGUGCAGUCACUGAAAUCGUCGAGAAUGAUGAUAAGGCGCGUGUAGGCGAUGAAAUGUUUCAUGUUGCAUUGUAUUAAAUAAAGUCUCAAUUUACUUUUGGCUUAAUUGUCUAUCUUAUACAUG